AUGAAUCUCAUCAGAUUUUCACAUCUGAGAAGUGUCCUCUUUUUAAAGUAUUAUCUUUUCUUUAUUUCAAAUUUAGGGUUGCAGGGUCACCAUGCUUCGUCAAGGCUCGGGAACUUUGCAACUCGUUGCUUCGAACAUUGUCAAUGCCGAGCAACAGCGUGGAUUCGCCACUUUGAAGGUAGUUCUUACUUAUUUUGCACUGAAACCGAAUGUGUCUGUAGGAUAUCUCUAUCCGUCUGAAGUCGGUCAAGAAUAUCCAGAAGAUCACCAAAUCCAUGAAGAUGGUUGCCGCCGCUAAGUACGCUAAGGCUGAGCGUGACUUGAAGGUAUAAUUUAAAAAAAGAAAACUGAAAAACGCAACAGUCGAAGUACUUCAGGGAGCCAGAGCUUACGGAGUUGGAGCCAAGACCUUCUUCGACAACAUCGACCCAAUAGUCGAGGGAGCUCAAAAGGACGAGGCCAAGAAGCAAGUCUUGGUUCUCAUCACCUCGGACAGAGGACUUUGCGGAGCUGUUCACACUUCCAUUGUCAAGGAAGCCAAGAACAUCCUCAACAAUGCUGGAGACAAGGAUAUCCGUGUCGUCGCCAUUGGAGAUAAGUCCAGAUUAGGACUUCAACGUCUUUAUGGUUAUUUUCUUCCUUUUAGCAUAGAGUAACUUUGAAUUAUAGGAAAGAGCUUCUUGGUCUCUGGAAACGAAAUCGGCCGUGCCCCACCAACGUUUGCUGAUGCCUCUAUCGCUGCCAAGGCUAUCCUGGACUCCGGAUUUGAUUUUGAGACCGUAAGGCUGUUCACUUCAAGAACAGAAAAUUAUUCCUGCAUCUAGGGAACCAUCGUUUACAAUCGCUUCAAGUCGGUCGUCUCGUACGAGACCUCGAAGCUUCAGAUCCUUCCUCUUGAGGCCAUCAAAGCUAAGGAGGCUUUGAACACCUACGAUUCGGUUGACGACGAUGUUCUUCAAUCGUACUCCGAGUACUCCCUCGCCCAGCUCAUCUACUAUGCCAUGAAGGAGUCCGCCACUUCGGAGCAGAGCUCCAGAAUGACUGCUAUGGACGGAGCCUCGAAGAACGCCGGUAAAAACCUUGUUUAAUUUUGCACAAGUUCAGUUAUAUUUUGCAGGAGAGAUGAUUGACAAGCUUACCUUGGCGUUCAACAGAACUCGUCAAGCAGUGAUUACCCGCGAACUGAUCGAAAUCAUCUCCGGAGCUGCCUGCGUCUAG